AGACAGUCAGAAGCUUAUACAAGACUAGUAGGUACCUGUCGUGUUCAUUGUUCACAAUUUUUUGUCUGUCACCUUUAUCCUUUUGAAAUCAUUUGAUCAUGUUGCCGAGAAGCUCAUCUCUUUUCAGUCUUGUUCUGGUUGCUUUUGCCAUUCGUGAUAAUAUCAUCACCUCUGAAGCCUGGACUCCCAAUAACAACAUUAAUAAUAACCAUAAUAAGAUCUCGGCUGCUACCAUCUUGAACAUGGCCGGCCAUACCGAGACUACCUCUACUAGCGGUACCAAAAACCCACUCCCCAAUCUUCCCAUUCCCAAUCCCAUUUGUUCGACGGAACCGGGCACAUGGGCGUACGAUACCAUGUCGCGUCGUGUGGACGAAGAAAUUCUGCAACGAACGUACGAAGACAUUCAAGACGAUUUGGAAUCGCCCGCCUUUGCCACCAUCAAAAAGCGAUUUGAAGAACUGCGAGGAGAUUUACAAUUUGCUGCUACCCGUCAAUUGACAUAUCUUGAUGAGCCCUCGGAUAAUGCUAAUAGUGAUGAGAGACAAAAGGAAUGGAACGAAUGGAAGCAAAUCUUGGAACCCUUCAUUAGUCAACAAGAUACGUGGCUCAGUGCGCCGUGGAUGGUCACGGAAUUUUACGUCUACCGACGUUUGAUGGCAGCCAUUGGAUACUGGGAACCCGACACGGCAGGAUAUCGGUACGAUCCAUUCUUGAAACAAAAACGAGCUGGAUUGCAAAGCAGUGUCGGAUCGGCCGAACCAAUGUUGGCCAAAAUACCGGCAUUGCCGCGCGACAGCGAAGGCAUUCAACUGGCCGCCAGUAUUGCGCUGUGGGGCAACAAGAUGGAUCUGAGUCUCUGGCCGGCCGAUAUGGACAAUGCCAAAGUCGAUAUGUUUAGUCAAGUAUUGGCCACGGCAUCGGAAAAUCUAUUGCACGAUGAUUCCGACGUAUUGGCGGCACAUUGUGACAAAUUGCGUCAAACGGGUGGUGGGAAUGUGGAUAUCAUUGUCGAUAAUGCUGGAUUUGAACUCGUCACGGAUCUGGCAUUGGCACAGUACUUGGUCCAGUCGGGAAUUGCCAAAUGCGUCACCUUUCAACUCAAAUCGCAUCCUACAUUUGUUUCGGAUGCUUUGGAGAAGGAUUUACUAGAAACGGUGGAACACUAUGCCAAUUUGAAUGCCGAUGAAUUCCCCCAUGCCCAAGCCGCCGGAGCCACCUGGAAGGAAUUUCUGGACAAGGGACAAUGGAAAUGUGUCGAGGACAAUUUCUGGGUCCAAGCCUUUGCCAUGUGGGACAUGACGGAACCACUUCGGAGUGAUAUGGUCGAACGCUGCGAUUUGGCUUUUGUCAAGGGAGAUGCCAAUUACCGUCGUUUGCUCGGGGAUUGUAUGUGGGACUACACGGCACCCUUUGCCGAUGUCGUCGGAUGUUACUUUCCCUGUCCCGUUUGUGCCCUCCGCACACUCAAGGCCGAAAUUGGAUGUGGUAUGGAUGCCGACCAAGUGGCACGGGCCAAAGAAUUGGAUGACAAUUGGAUGGUCAAUGGACGAUUUGGUGUCGUGCACUUUGGUAAAGGUGCUGGUAGAUAG